AUGGAAAGAAACCUAGAAAUCAAACAAACUCUAAGCAUCACUUUACCAAUUAAUUUAUAUCAGCAACUACUCCACGAAGUAGGCAAAGGUAAGAUUAGCAAAUUUAUUCAGGAAGUAGUAGCGGAAAAACUAGACCAAGAAAAAAAAGAAUUAGGUCAAGCCUAUCAAGAAUGUUAUGCCAAUAAUUCUCACUUACUAAAAGAAGGUCAACGCCCCGCACUGGUUAUUUCUAAUGACGAGCAAAACAAAUAUAGUCCGCUGAUAACUAUUUUACCCCUGACUAGUCACGUAGACAAGAUUUAUCCUUUUCAAGUAGAAAGUUAUUUACAAAAGAAAAAAGGAGUGAUUAUGGUUGACCAAAUUAGAACCAUUGACCGGAAAAGGUUUGGGAAUAAAUUAGGAGAACUAGAUAAAGAAAUGAUAGAAAAACGCGGAGUAAUUGCUAAUCAGGCUAAUUUAGAAAAUAAUUUUUAUCAAUUAAAACCUAGCGAAAGAGUUAUUUACUUCGGAAUAGACACCACGGCCGAAAGUUUACAUAUCGGUCAUUUAUUUCAACUUAUUCAGACUAUUCGUUUUGCCAAGGAGGAUUUUACGGUGCUGCUAGUUUUAGGAGGUGCUACCAGUAAAAUUGGCGACCCUAGUGAUAAAUUAAAAGAACGACCCCAAUUAGCGGCGGAAAAACUAAGCCAAUGUUACGAAAAAAUAAGAAAACAAUUGACUCGUCUAGUAGUUAGACCACUCACCCAAGAAAAAAUAAAAGAAGUAGAAUUUGCUCCCUUAGAACUAUUUUACGCGGAUAAUCCGGAAUUAUUGGUUAAUAUUUACAAAAUACUAGAAAUAAACGAUAAGAUGGGGCGUAAUAUUAGCAUUAAUUAUUUAUUAGCCAAAGGAACCAUUAAACAAAGAUUAGAAACUGGUUUAUCUUAUUUGGCGUUUAGUUAUUCGCUCUUACAAGCUUACGAUUUUUAUUACUUAUAUGAAAACUAUAAUUGUUGCGGACAAACUUCGGAAAAGAAAAAUAAAUCUUUUGCUUUUAACUUUCCUUUGCUAACUGAUAAGGAAGGCAAAAAAUUUUCUAAAAGUGAAAGUAGUAAAAAUACCUUAUUAUUAAAUAGCAAUCAAAAAGAUUUUUAUGAUUUUUUUCGUAAUAUGCCCGACCAACAAGCUCAAAUAUUUAUUAAGCAAUUUACUUUCUUAGAGCAAGAACAAAUUAACGAAUUAAUAAAGUUAAAUAAUCCGCCUAAAUUAAGAAUAUGCCAACGAAUAUUAUAUGAGUUGGUUUAUUGGCUUAAUUAUGGAGAAAUCGGAAAAUACAUGCCUGUACAAAUUAAAAAUAUAAAUGCUAGAGCAACAGUCGGUGGCACCGAUAAUAAAUUCCUAACUAUAAAUGUUUCCAAUGUUGCUAAUAACAUUGUGAUACAAAACCAAAACGGCAAUGCCAAUUUAGCGAAUGUUCGAUACAAUAACGCAAAUGUUUCGGCUAAUGCAAAUGUGGCUAAUUUACGGUCAGUAAUUAUUGAAUUCGAUAGCGAAAGAGAAGCGGUAAUAGCACAAAAUUUAUUAAGUCUGAAAAAUGUAAAUCGAAGUAACGCUAUUGAUGCUCAUAACGGUUUUUACAUAGAAAACUUUAAUUACGACCACGAUAAACUACCUUUUACUGCGAACGAUUUUACUACUCAUACUAGAAUUCAAAAUGGUUCACAAACAACACUUCGAUUAAAAGCUGGUGAUGACUUUACUGCGAACGAUUUUAAAAUUGAUAACGUUACUUUGGUCAAUACAACAGCACCAGUAACAAAUGAUGAUUUAUCUGCUUGGAAAACUAGAUUAGUCGAAUUAGAAACUGCUCUGAAUGAAUUGUCCGAUUAUUACAAACCAGGUGCGUUGUUGCGAGACGAAACUAAUAAUAGAAAAUUGCUAAGCGAUAUUAAAACGGCGGCGGCGAACGCGAAUGAAAUUUUGAUAACUCAACGAAAUGGCGGAACUGCUACUGCUACUAUUGGUGAUGGCAAUAUUGCACCUAAUCAUGCCAAUAUAGCAACUAUAAAAACUGCUCUCGCUGGAGGAAGAUAUUUAGGCUUUUCGCUUGACAUUGACCAAGAACAAGAAGUUGCUAAGGCGGAUGGAACUGGUCUUGGCAAUCCGCUAAAUACGGCAGCGGUGACUGACCCCAGCCUGUUUAUUGGUGAAGAUAACAACUCUACUGGUUAUGCGGCAACUGCUUCUGACAAAUAUACUAAGAGAAUUAUCGAUGAUUUCCGCCAUAUACAAAAUUUCCCCUAUAAAGCUGGCACUAUCGAAUUAUUUACUUCGGAAAGACGGGAAGACAAUCUCGGUUUUCAACCAGGCGACCUAGUAUUAGGAACUCAUGGUAGUUAUCGUGGUCAUGGUGUUGGAUAUGCACCUGAUACUUCUCAACCCCACUCAUUGGUGAAUAAUGGCCUUAAAGAUGAAACUAAAAUCAUGGUUGACAUUAAAGAAGCUGAUACUCUCAAUAAAGCUAUUGAUUUAGCCUUUUUUGGGAUAGAUUACACCGCAGUGAAUACCACUGCAAUCACUACUGCAGCCUUAAAAAAAGAUAAUCAACAAGAUUAUCUCUACUUUAAUGAACGGAGUGAUAAAAACGAAUUAGAAAUGUUAAAUUAUUACUAUGAAGUUUUUGAUAAAGCUAACGCUGGUACUCCGGUAAAAUUGGGUUGGGAUGAUACGGCAGCUAACGGCGGAAAAGCCAAAAUUGAUGCCGGAAAAACAGCAAUAGAAACAUUUCUUAAAAUUUACACUUUUGAUUACAGUAGUUGUACCAAAAGCCAAAUUAGUGAAUUAGAUACAAAGAAAACCGAAUUAGAAGCUUAUAAAAAUCCAGCCACAAAUUUGAAAAAAGAGGAAAAUAUAACUAAUUUAACCCAAGACGCUAACACUAAAGCAUUCUUUAAAGCCAAAGGAGAUGAAAUUACCACGGAAAAAAUAUAUAAUGAAGUUAUAAAUUUAUUACAAAUAUUAGUCAGUGCUGAUAAUGAUUCGGCAAACCCAAAAAAAUAUCUAUCGGAUUUAACUAGUUUUGAAUCAGCCACGACAACUGGGGAUAAAAAAACUGCCUGA